AGGUGCGCUCUCGACCCGCGAAUCAAAAUGUUUUUUCGUUGCCCGAGGGGGUCUGGGAAGAGCGUCCUGGAGCCCGAGCCUCUCCGUCCAGGGCGCCGCCGCGGCACCGCGGAUGCGCCGCCGACGCGGUGCGAUCCCCCGGCCCCGGAGAGCGCGCGCGGAGGCCCCGCGCCCGGGAGCCGCCGCGAAGAAUACACAACGGGCUCCAGUGUGUCAUCAAGCACCUCGGUGCUCGCUCGCGGCGCACUGCCGCUGCGGAAAGUACCACGCCUCGUGAAGCCCAUGUCUUCCUUCCCGACACCCUUUCACGUCAUCACGCUGACGGUCUACACUUUGGCCACGCUUCCGAUUGUACAGAGAUGUCGCUUCUCGGCCGCAGGUCUGGCAGGCAUCGACGCAUGCCACUCUCCGAUGACCGCGGCAGAGCCACGCAGCACGUCGCCGCUGUCGCCUUCUGCCUAG